GCAACCCCGCAUCUGACCAGGACUGCCCUGCACUCUUGCGAACAGAACGCUGUGGACCGAGCACGUGAAGGGAUAGCGCCGAAAGUUCCUUCUGUAUCUCACGGCUUAAAGGAAACAUGGACGACGAGUGGGAAGAACAGGAAACUACAACAACUACAACUACUUUUACAGGCUUCACUUCUAACGGUGCAGGUGCAGAGAGGAGCUCGUGGAAAGAUGACCGCAGAGAGUUUGGAAGAGGUCGUGGUGGAAGAGAGCAAGGAAGAGGAUCUGAAAACUCAGAUGAAGGAAGCUGGAACAAUGAAAGGAGUGGCUUCAGAGGCAGAGGAAGGGGUCAAAGGUUCGGAUCGGACCAGAAUGGAUCUCAUGGUAACUCGGAGGGUGGGUUCGGAGGACGAGGAAGAGGAGGCAGAGGAAGGUUUGGAUCAGAUGGUGACAAUGGAGGAAGAGGAGGCUUCAGAGGAGGUUACCGUGGGAAGGAUGAAGAGGACUUCUCAACAGGAAACUCCGGAGAUCCAGAGAAGGAGGCAAACGGCGAGGAACGACCCAGGGUCACGUACAUUCCCCCGACGCUCCCCGAGGACGAAGAGUCCAUCUUCUUUCAUUACAAGUCUGGGAUCAAUUUCAUCAAGUACGACGACAUCCCGGUGGAAGUCAGCGGCACCAACCCACCACCUGCCAUCAUGACCUUUGAGGAGGCGGGGCUCUGUGAGUCCCUGAAGAAGAACAUCAGUAAGUCUGGAUACGUAAAGCCGACUCCAGUCCAGAAACAUGGCAUCCCUAUCAUCUCUGCUGGCCGAGACCUCAUGGCCUCUGCCCAAACCGGAUCCGGUAAAACGGCUGCGUUCCUGCUGCCCAUCCUGCAGAAGCUGAUGGCGGACGGCGUGGCAGCCAGUCAGUUCAGCGAGCUCCAGGAGCCUGAAGUUAUCAUUGUGGCUCCAACCAGAGAGCUCAUAAACCAAAUCUACCUGGAGGCCCGGAAGUUCUCACAUGGGACGUGUGUGCGCCCAGUGGUGGUUUAUGGAGGAGUCAGCACUGGCUACCAGAUCAGAGAUAUCUGCAGGGGCUGCAAUGUUCUGUGUGGAACUCCUGGACGUCUGUUAGACAUGAUCAAAAGAGAGAAGGUUGGUCUGAGUAAGCUGAAAUACCUCGUGCUGGACGAAGCCGACCGCAUGCUAGACAUGGGCUUUGAACCCGACAUGCGUCGUCUGGUGGGAUCUCCUGGGAUGCCCUCCAAAGAAAACCGUCAGACUGUGAUGUUCAGCGCCACCUACCCUGAGGACAUCCAGAGGUUGGCAGCGGACUUCCUCAAAGUGGACUAUGUGUUUCUGGCUGUGGGGGUUGUGGGCGGAGCCUGCAGUGAUGUGGAGCAGAAGUUUGUUAAGGUCACCAAGUUUGCCAAGAGGGAGCAGCUGCUGGACUUCCUGAAAAACACCGGAUCAGAGAGAACCAUGGUGUUCGUAGAGACCAAGAGACAAGCAGACUUCAUCGCCACAUUCUUGUGUCAGGAGAAGGUUCCAACCACCAGCAUCCACGGGGACCGGGAACAGCAGCAGCGUGAGCAGGCCCUGCGUGACUUCCGUACUGGUAAACACCCGGUUCUGGUGGCCACGUCGGUGGCGGCUCGGGGUUUGGACAUCCCUGACGUGCAGCAUGUGGUGAACUUUGACCUCCCUAAAGAAAUCGACGAGUACGUCCACCGCAUUGGCAGGACCGGUCGCUGUGGUAACAUCGGCAGAGCCGUGUCCUUCUUUGACCCCGAUAAUGACAGCCAGUUGGCUGGUGCCCUGGUGUCCAUCCUGUCCAAGGCCCAGCAGGAGGUCCCCCCCUGGUUAGAGGAAUGUGCCUUGAGCGGUCCUGGAGGCUUCAACGCUGCCAGGAAGAUGUUUUCCUCCACAGACUCCAGAAAGGGUCCCAAUACUGGGUCCUUCCAGCAAAGCAGCUCCCAGAUCCAACCAGCCCCUGCUGCUGCUGCCGAGGAGGACGAGGAGUGGGAGUAGAGUGGAGCUCCAAGUCUAGUUCAGCACAUUCGUGUUUAGCACAGUUUGUUUGAAGUGUUUGUUCUGUUCCUGGGAUGUUGGUGUUGCAUGCAGAGUCCAGGUGUCCUUCCUUUUCUAUGUAGUGUUAUUGUGGUAAUAAUGUAUGACUAGAUGCCCAGAUUUGUCACAUUUCAAUUGUUCUGUUUUGGUUGGAAAUUAAUUUGUUGCACUAAAAAAAAUUGACUCCUCA